AUGCAAGCUAAGGAACUAAUCAGUGUUCAGCGUGAGCAUGAAUCGUCGAUCAAGUCAAUUACAGAUGAAUUGAAUAAGGUGCAAAGGCAAAGAGACUCUCAUCAAGCAGAACUUCUCGAUCUGCGCUCAAAGGUCAAGACAUCAACGCAGAUGGCGGCAGAGGCGAGAGCGGCAGCGGAGAGACUGCGAGAGAAGGAGGCACAGAGCGCUGCUUCGGCGGCGCACUCGGCGGAGCUGCUGGCAGAGGCGCAGCAGAAGGCUUCACGACACGCCGCCCGCGCCACUAAUUUGGCCACUAUAGUGGAGCAGUUGCGCGGGCAAUUUGCUGAGGCCGAACGGAACCGAGAGGAAACACAAGAGGUCCUGAAGAAGAUGACAGAGAAAUCCCUUAACACCGAAUCCCUCCUGGUCUGCACGAAGCGCAGGUGUGAAGCUCUGACUACGCGUGUAGAGGAACUCGAGAUUGAAAAUGAUCAUCUGAAAGGUGUUAUCAUUGGUUUGGAGCAGGAGAUCUCACGUCAUAAACAAGCCACUUCAGACGCUUGCGACAACUCCGAGAAUUGGCAGCGUGAAUACGAAAAAGCAAAUGUGAGGCUACGCAGAAGUGUUUACUUUAUAUAA